UUGCUUUCUCCUACAUUGUCAAGAAAAAAGGAGAAAGAAGUGUGAAUCCAGAAAAUGUGGUGCGCACGUUAUCAUCAGCCAUUACCUGCCGGUUCCAGCGUCUUGAACCGUAACGCAAAGCAAGAAGAGAGCCUGGGAAGAAAACAAGUGUUCUUUUCCUUAUCUUCAUCUCCUUCAACUUCAAGCUUAAGAGGCCAUCCAUGGCAAGUCAGUAACUACCCAAAAAUUGGGCUCCGGUUAAAACCGAGUGCUAGUGUGGUGCCUCCAUCUGAAUCUGGUGAUAUCACCACUUUCCUCCUAGUAAGUGUAGCAAUGAUCUCAAUGUAUUUGGUAGCAAACUUUGUGGUUCCAUCUUUGCUUUUCAAGUCGCUCCAAGGUGAAGAAGAGGACGACUCUGAUUGAGAACUUUUAAGUCCCCUUGAUUUGAAUUGAUGUUUUGCUUUUUACAUUUAAGUUUUUUGUUACUUAUUUAUAUGCGUCGUUCAAAAACAAAACUUAUUUAUAUGCAAAACAUAUUAAAUUAUUAAUAUAAGCUCCUUUCAUCUAAUUUCUGCGUUAGGUUUUGC